AAGUGCCUAGGAUAGCACAAGGUUACUUGGUUAAUUUUCUCUUUGAUCUUUGCCUCCCCCUUGUAAAUAGAAAUUCAGUCAAUCAUCCUCGAGGGGGCGCUACUGAGACCAGAUUUCGAGACAAGCCGUAACAAAUCGUUUGUGUUGAGACUGAAAAAACCCCUCAAAUGAAAUGAAAGCAUUUCGCUACAAAAGAAAGGGCGUGUCACAAAGAUUUCCGAGGGGUACUUUAAUGCAGCAGCUCACCUGAGUUUCCCGACGGUCGGGUUAAAGAAAAACAUCUCCGCGCUUUUUUCUUCCGAGGUUUCAGAGUUUUUAGUUAUUUUUUCCUUUUUUUAAAUUUUAAGUGAAAGUAUGUGGACAGUCUUUAUGCUUAUCUUCCUGGCUUCUCCCACAGGAUCCAGUGGGAGUUCUUGUGAAGUUGUGAUCACCCCCCAUCUAAGUGUAGUUAGGUUUGGAGACUCCUUCACUGCCACCUGCAAUGCCUUAGGGACUGAGAUACAGGGUAUGGGCUGGGAGUCUCCAGAUUUUAACACACCUUUUAAGGAAGGCGUUUCUUCUCUGCGGCUUCAAAUUGACAAAGUGCAGGUUUGGAAAAUUGAUCCAAUAUGCUAUGCCACUCCCUUUGAAGGUGACCAGUGUACAAAAAUCCCAAACAUCACAGUUUACCAAAGCCCAAAAAUGGUGUCCAUAUCCCAGUCCCUUGAUGACAUUGGCGUCAUGAGGGAGGGUCAGCUGUAUAGUAUAGAGUGUGAGAUUAGGAAUGUCGCACCAACAAGUAGACUCUCCGUGAUCUGGUACAUUGAAUAUGUAUCUGUUUAUGAAGAACGUUUUAAGGGUUCAAGUCACCUUCCGGCCACUGUCUCGUCUUUCCUGAACAUGACGGCCAAUAGAAGCCAUGAUAGAAGUGACAUCUGGUGCGAAGCUAAGCUCGACUUCCGGCCUGAGGGUGAAAGUCCUAUUUUAAGACCAUCAGUUCUGCAUCGGUUGGCAGUACUCUACGCACCCGUUUGCUCUGAGCCUGCGAACGAGACCCUGAAAAUUCCCCCAAGUGGAAAUGUAACAUUAAACUGCAGCGCCAUAGGAAAUCCAAAGCCAUCGUAUGAUUGGUGUUACCCUCAGAACCUGCAAAGUACAGCCAUAAAUGGGGACAACAGCAUCCGGACUCUGACCUUUGCCCUUCAGGGGGUUUACACUUGCAAUGUCUCAAACUCUCAGGGCAACACCAUCAAGUAUUUCAUUCUUGAAGAAGCUGAAAGGGAUAGAACAACCUUUGGAAUCCUGUUGGGAGUAUUUUUGUCCCUUGGAGCCCUGAUAAUACUUGGUGGUGCACUCUUCCUGACGCGUAGGGGAACGUUUUCCUUCAUAAAAUGUCCUCAGGGAAGCCCUUCCAUUAUAUGAGGAGGAUUUUUGGUUUUGAAAAAUUCUAUUUCAGCAUUCUGAAAUGUUGCAAAAAUGUUUCUGGACCUCAAACAACAGUGUUUGUCCAGCCUGCUCAUUGUGUUUUUCCUGCUCCUGGAGUUUAGACCAUUCAGGAUCUCAUCUACUACCUUUAACAACGUUACUAACAACGUAAAAACUGAUAUAAAUGGAGCAACUUGACAAUCCGAGCUUCAAAGUGGAAUCAUGAGUGAUCUUCUUUGUGGUACUUUUUUUUAGGUGCUUCAUGUUCUUUACUUUUUGUUUCAGUUUAUUAGUUGAAUCGCCUCUCUGAACAAACAGCAAUCUCAGUUUAUUUAGCAGCUUAUCUCAUUUUACUGACAUUUUCCGCUUGACUUUUUUAGGAAACUAAACAAUUUUACAAAUCUAAUGAUGCAGAUAUCACAUAGAUGCUGCUCCUGCUUUGGGGAAUGGUAGCAUUAGGUAUUACAGCAUAAGCUGGACUCUCCUCUGACCAGCUGCAACUAUUAAAUAUUCUGCAUUUUUAGACUUCAACACCACUAUUUUCACAUUUGUAUGUGCACUUGCACAAACCCACCACCUCAAUUUACUUAAGGUAUGGUCUUUGGAGAACUUAUUGCAAAAGGGUCAUCUGUAUCUCUAUGAUAUGUGUUUAAAUUAUUUCAAGUAUUUGUGGUAUUUAGCAGUAUUUAAAUUCCAAAUCUUAUGGCUUUGAUUUUACAUGUCUGCACAUGUUUUUACAUGUUUUCCUUCCUUGCCAUGCUUUUGCUGUCAGGCCUAUAGGUAACUUUUUUACGAUUUAUUCUGUUUUGGAAACUUCAUUAGUCAAUAUUACUUUUUAAAUGCUUUUUAAAAUAUUUUAAAAUGUUGUCCUGUUUAAAAGCUGAACAAAGUUACAGAUUUUACAAGUGCCACGACUAAGUACACUUUUUUGUUUUUUGGUUUCUUGUGGAGUUGCACACUUAUGUAAAACACUUUUAUUAUGAAAAUUUGAAAAUAUAACCAGGAACAUUAUAGGCUCUAUGCAAACAAAAUGUGUUUUGAACAAAAAAGUAUGUAUUGAAAAUUUUUUAUCAAUGUAUUCUUUUGAAUUUUUUUCUUUUUUGGAAAAAAACAAAUUCAGCUUAUAAGUGUUGGCCCAAUUUGUGUGUAUUGGGGGGCUCUUGCGAUUUUUCUCAAACUGUUUUAGAACUGUUUGCUGUAACCAAAAAAAAAGGGGGGUGUAUAUAUACACACACACAUAUAUAUAUAUAGAGAGAGAGAGAGAGAGAGAGAGAGAGAGAUAGAGAGAGAGAGAGAGAGAUCUGUAAGCCCUUUAUGUAGGUACCAGGUGUGAAAGCUUCAACCCAAAUUUCUUUCAAGACCUAUUAUAGAUCCAGAUCUGAUCCCAAAAUUUGACCUCAAUGGCUUUGUUUGUGAAUAUAUAUUUGCUUUAAGUCAGUAUUGUUGUUUAUCAAAACUACUGUAAAACAACAUUUGCAUGUAAUGUGGAUAAUUUUAUUGGUACCAUAUCUUCAUUGUGUGAACAACUAUUAUAUAUUUGCAAUAUUCAUUUGUCAUUUUAUGUCUGUGUGCAUUGCUACACUUUAAAAAUACUAAAUAAACUUUGCACUGGUACUCCAAA